ACCUCCACGCCUCCUGCUAUGAUGCCUGGGCAGAUCCCGGACCCUUCCGUGACUGCCGGCUCUCUGCCAGGGCUUGGCCCCCUGACUGGCCUUCCCAGCUCAGCUCUGACCACAGAGGAGCUAAAGUACGCAGACAUCCGCAACAUUGGGGCCAUGAUUGCCCCCUUGCACUUCCUGGAAGUGAAACUGGGCAAGAGGCCCCAACCCGUGAAAAGUGAGCUAGAUGAGGAAGAGGAACGAAGGAAAAGACGCCGGGAGAAGAACAAAGUUGCCGCGGCCCGAUGCCGAAACAAGAAGAAGGAGCGGACGGAGUUUCUGCAGCGGGAAUCUGAGCGGCUGGAACUCAUGAACGCGGAGCUGAAGACCCAGAUUGAGGAGCUGAAGCAGGAGCGGCAGCAGCUCAUCCUGAUGCUGAACCGGCACCGACCCACCUGCAUCGUGCGGACCGACAGCGUCAAGACCCCGGAGUCGGAAGGCAACCCACUGCUGGAGCAGCUAGAGAAGAAGUGA